UCUCGCCCAGGCCGAACCAGAGGAAGAUGCACAGAGGCUGCCGCUGCUGCUGCUCCUGCUGCUGCUGCUGCAAAGGGACCACCUGGCCCAAGGAAGCCGCCGCCGCCGCCGCCGCCGCAGAUCUGGGGCAGAGGGGAUGUGGGGCUUGCCAACGCCCGGACUGGUGCACCUGGGGCAAGAUCAUGGGCACUAAAAGUGGAUUUACCUUGGGGAACCUCGUCUUUUUCUGGAUGGUCUCCUGCGUGAAAGGAUUUAUUUAUACAUGUGGUGGAACUUUAAAAGGACUUAAUGGUACAAUAGAAAGCCCUGGCUUCCCAUAUGGAUAUCCAAAUGGUGCAAACUGUACAUGGGUAAUAAUUGCAGAAGAAAGAAACAGAAUACAAAUAGUAUUUCAGUCUUUUGCUCUAGAAGAAGAAUAUGAUUAUUUAUCAUUAUAUGAUGGGCAUCCUCACCCUACGAACUUCAGGACAAGGUUAACGGGUUUUCAUCUUCCUCCACCUGUGACCAGUACAAAAUCUGUAUUUUCUCUACGAUUGACCAGUGACUUUGCUGUGAGCGCUCAUGGAUUUAAAGUAUAUUAUGAAGAAUUACAGAGCAGUUCUUGUGGAAAUCCUGGAGUUCCACCCAAAGGCAUCUUAUAUGGUGCAAGGUUUGAUGUUGGUGAUAAAAUCCGAUACAGCUGUGUGACAGGAUACAUCCUGGAUGGACACCCCCAGCUCACUUGUAUAGCCAACUCAGUCAACACAGCAUCCUGGGAUUUUCCAGUUCCUAUCUGCAGAGCAGAGGAUGCAUGUGGAGGGACCAUGAGGGGAUCCAGUGGCAUCGUCUCUAGCCCAAAUUUUCCCAACGAAUACCACAAUAAUGCAGACUGUACGUGGACCAUUGUGGCCGAGCCUGGAGACACCAUUUCACUCAUAUUUACAGAUUUUCAAAUGGAACAGAAAUACGAUUACUUGGAAAUAGAAGGAUCAGAACCACCCACAAUAUGGUUGUCUGGAAUGAAUAUACCUCCUCCAAUUAUCAGCAACAAAAACUGGAUCCGACUUCAUUUUGUAACAGACAGCAACCACCGAUAUCGUGGAUUUAGUGCUCCCUAUCAAGUGAAAAAGGCCAUAGAUUUUAAAUCUAGAGGAUUUAAAUUGUUUCCAGGGAAAGACAACAGCAACAAGUUUUCUAUCUUAAAUGAAGGCGGUAUUAAGCAGGCAUCCAACUUGUGUCCUGAUCCUGGAGAACCUGAGAAUGGAAAACGGAUAGGCUCAGAUUUUAGCCUGGACUCAACAGUACAGUUUUCUUGUGAUGAAGACUAUGUACUACAAGGUGCAAAGAGUAUCACCUGUCAGAGAAUAGCAGAAGUUUUUGCUGCAUGGAGUGAUCAUAGGCCAGUGUGCAAAGUAAAGACUUGUGGAUCUAAUCUUCAGGGACCUGGUGGAACUUUUACAUCCCCAAACUUCCCAUUUCAGUAUGACAGUAAUGCUCAGUGUGUUUGGGUCAUCACAGCUAUCAAUCCAAAUAAGGUUAUACAGAUUAAUUUUGAAGAAUUUGAUCUGGAGAUUGGCUAUGACACCCUGACCAUUGGUGAUGGAGGAGAAGUGGGUGAUCCCAGAACUGUCCUUCAAGUAUUAACAGGAAGCUUCGUGCCAGAUUUAAUUGUCAGCAUGAACCAUCAGAUGUGGCUGCAUCUUCAAACAGAUGAAAGUGUGGGUUCAAUUGGCUUCAAAGUCAACUACAAAGAGAUCGAAAAAGAAAGCUGUGGGGAUCCUGGAACUCCAUUAUACGGCAUUAGAGAAGGGGAUGGAUUUUCCAAUCAUGAUGUGUUAAGGUUUGAGUGUCAAUUUGGGUUUGAACUGAUUGGAGAAAAAUCCAUUGUUUGCCAGGAGAACAACCAGUGGUCAGCAAACAUUCCAAUUUGCAUUUUUCCUUGCCUUUCUAAUUUCACGGCACCAAUGGGGACUGUUCUUUCUCCAGACUACCCAGAGGGAUAUGGAAAUAAUUUGAAUUGCAUCUGGACAAUCAUUUCAGACCCAGGAAGUCGAAUCCAUCUCUCGUUUAAUGACUUCGACUUGGAGUCCCAGUUUGACUUCCUUGCAAUUAAGGAUGGUGACUCUGUAGAUUCUCCAAUUCUUGGCACUUUCACCGGAGCUGAAGUGCCAUCCCAUCUGACUAGUAACAGUCAUAUUUUACGUCUGGAAUUUCAGGCUGACCACUCAAUGUCAGGACGUGGAUUUAAUAUCACAUAUAACACCUUUGGACAUAAUGAGUGUCCUGAUCCUGGCAUACCAAUCAAUGCACGGCGCUUUGGUGACAACUUUCAAUUGGGUAGUUCAAUCUCUGUCAUUUGUGAAGAAGGUUUUAUUAAAACCCAAGGAACUGAAACCAUCACUUGUGUAUUGAUGGACGGGAAGGUUAUGUGGAGUGGACCCAUCCCUAAGUGUGGAGCUCCCUGUGGUGGGCAUUUCUCUUCUCCCAGUGGAGUCAUCCUUUCUCCAGGCUGGCCUGGGUAUUAUAAAGACUCCUUGAAUUGUGAGUGGGUGAUUGAAGCUGAACCAGGACACUCUAUCAAAAUUACAUUUGAAAGAUUCCAGACAGAACUGAAUUAUGAUGUUCUAGAAGUGCAUGAUGGACCCAACCUUUUGUCACCUCUUCUAGGAUCUUACAAUGGCACACAAGUCCCCCAGUUUUUGUUCAGUAGCAGCAAUUUCAUUUAUCUUCUCUUUACAACAGACAAUAGCCGCUCUAAUAACGGAUUCAAGAUCCACUAUGAAAGUGUAACAGUUAACACCUACUCUUGUCUGGAUCCUGGCAUACCUGUUCAUGGUCGUCGUUAUGGGCAUGACUUUUCCAUUGGGUCAACAGUAUCAUUUGGAUGUGACCCGGGUUACAGACUGAACCACGAAGAGCCUCUGCUGUGUGAAAAGAAUCAUUGGUGGAGCCACCCACUUCCCACUUGUGAUGCUUUGUGUGGAGGAGAUGUCAGAGGACCAAGUGGAACUAUUUUGUCUCCAGGAUACCCUGAACUCUAUCCAAAUUCACUGAAUUGUACAUGGACUGUGGAUGUUACCCAUGGGAAAGGAGUGCAGUUCACCUUUCACACCUUUCAUUUGGAAGAUCAUCACGAUUACUUACUAAUCACAGAGAAUCGCAGCUUUACGCGGCCACUGGCACGCCUGACUGGUUCAGAACUUCCGUCAGCAAUCAACGCUGGUCUCUAUGGAAAUUUCAGGGCUCAGUUGCGCUUCAUUUCUGACUUUUCAAUAUCAUAUGAAGGAUUUAACAUUACUUUCUCUGAAUAUAACCUUGAACCCUGUGAGGAUCCCGGGACUCCACAAUUUGGAAGCAGAAUAGGGUUCAGCUUUGGAGUAGGCGACACUUUAACAUUCUCCUGUUCAUCUGGAUAUCGUUUAGAGGGAGUUUCAGAGGUUAUCUGUCUUGGUGGUGGCCGACGUGUGUGGAGUGCACCUCUGCCCAGGUGUGUGGCUGAAUGUGGAGCAUCUGCUACAAAUAAUGAAGGCAUUUUGCUGUCCCCCAAUUACCCUCUCAACUAUGAAAACAACCAUGAAUGUAUUUACAGCAUUCAAGUACAAGCUGGAAAGGGAAUCAAUAUAUCUGCCCGAACAUUUCAUUUAGCUCAAGGUGAUGUUCUUAAGAUAUAUGACGGGAGGGACAAUACAGCACACUUGCUGGGGGCAUUCACUGGAGCUGCCCUGAGAGGGCUGACGCUGAGUAGCACUUCAAAUCAUCUUUGGCUUGAAUUUAAUUCGGAUUCUGAAGCGACGGAUGAAGGUUUCCAACUUGUGUAUACCAGUUUCGAGCUUUCACAUUGUGAGGAUCCAGGCGUGCCACAAUUUGGAUACAAGAUAAGCGACCAGGGUCACUUUGCUGGUAGCACCAUCAUUUAUGGAUGUAAUCCAGGUUAUACACUCCAUGGAAGUAGUCUGCUUAAGUGCAUGACGGGAGAAAGAAGGGCAUGGGAUUAUCCUCUGCCAUCUUGUAUCGCUGAAUGUGGAGGUCGGUUUAAAGGCGAAUCCUCUGGAAGGAUCUUAUCUCCAGGCUAUCCAUUUCCUUAUGACAAUAAUCUCCGAUGCAUGUGGAUGAUUGAAGUUGAUCCAGGAAAUAUUGUCAGCCUCCAGUUUCUUGCGUUUGACACUGAAGCAUCUCAUGAUAUACUCCAUGUUUGGGAUGGCCCUCCUGAAAAUGAUAUGUUACUAAAAGAAAUCAGUGGUUCUCUUAUUCCAGAAGGCAUCCACAGCACUCUCAACAUAGUAACAAUCCAAUUUGACACGGACUUCUAUAUCAGCAAAUCAGGAUUUGCCAUUCAGUUUUCAAGUUCUGUAGCAACAGCUUGCCGUGAUCCUGGUGUCCCCAUGAACGGAACCAGAAAUGGGGAUGGAAGAGAGCCUGGAGACACAGUCAUUUUUCAGUGUGACCCUGGCUAUGAGUUGCAAGGAAAUGAGAGAAUAACCUGCAUUCAGGUAGAAAAUCGGUACUUCUGGCAGCCCAACCCACCAGUCUGUAUAGCACCUUGUGGAGGCAAUUUGACAGGAUCAUCAGGUUUUAUUCUUUCACCAAAUUUCCCUCAUCCUUAUCCCCAUAGCAGAGACUGUGACUGGACUAUCACUGUUAAUAAUGACUAUGUAAUAUCAUUAGCAUUUAUCAGCUUCAGUAUAGAACCAAACUAUGAUUUUCUCUACAUCUACGAUGGGCCGGACAGCAACAGUCCUCUAAUUGGAAGCUUUCAAGACAGCAAGUUACCAGAGAGGAUAGAAAGCAGUUCAAACUCCAUGCAUUUGGCUUUUCGAAGUGAUGGAUCUGUUAGUUUUACUGGUUUCCACUUGGAAUAUAAAGCCAAACUCCGUGAGUCCUGCUUUGAUCCUGGAAAUAUAAUGAAUGGCACAAGACUUGGAAUGGAUUAUAAACUGGGAUCGACAGUCACAUAUUAUUGUGAUGCAGGUUAUGUUCUUCAAGGUUAUUCUACUCUCACUUGCAUCAUGGGAGAUGAUGGGAGACCUGGAUGGAACAGAGCUUUACCUAGCUUCUCUGCCCCCUGUGGUGGCACCUAUGCCAGUAGGGAGGGCAAUCUGAUAAGACCAGACUACCCUAGGCAAUAUAGGUCAGGUCAGGAAUGUACUUCCACUGCUGCUGUCCCUAAGGAGUUUGUGGUAUUUGGCCAGUUUGUAUUUUUCCAGACAUCACUUCAUGACGUGGUUGAGGUAUAUGAUGGCCCGACUCAACAGUCAUCUUUAUUAUCUUCUCUCUCAGGAUCACACUCAGGAGAAUCCCUUCCCUUGAGCUCAGGUAACCAGAUUACCAUUCGAUUUACUUCAGUCGGACCUGUAACAGCUAAAGGAUUUCACUUUGUAUAUCAAGCUGUUCCAAGGACAAGUGCAACACAGUGCAGUUCAGUGCCUGAACCAAGAUUUGGGAAAAGGAUUGGAAAUGAAUUUGCAGUUGGUUCGCUGGUUCUUUUUGAAUGCAAUCCAGGCUAUAUACUCUAUGGAUCGAUAGCAAUUAGAUGUGACACUGUGCCCAAUGCCCUAGCACAGUGGAAUGAUUCCCUUCCUACAUGUGUAGUGCCCUGUGGAGGAAUUUUAACUAAGCGCAAAGGUACAAUUUUGUCCCCUGGUUACCCUGAACCAUAUGAUAACAACCUGAACUGUGUAUGGAAGAUCACAGUGCCAGAAGGAGCUGGAAUCCAAGUACAAGUUAUAAGUUUCGCAACAGAGCAUAACUGGGACUCUUUGGAUUUUUAUGAUGGCGCUGACAAUAAUGCUCCACGCCUUGGAAGCUACUCAGGAACAACAAUUCCUCCACUUCUCAACAGUACAUCCAAUAAUUUGUACUUAAACUUUCAAUCGGAUAUUAGUGUGUCGGCUGCUGGCUUUCACCUGGAAUAUACAGCUAUAGGUUUGGACUCUUGUCCUGAACCACAGACCCCAAACAGUGGCAUUAAAAUAGGAGACAGGUACAUGGUUGGAGAUGUGGUUUCCUUCCAGUGUGAUCAAGGCUAUUCUCUCCAGGGACAUUCACAUAUCACCUGUAUGCCUGGACCUGUGAGAAGAUGGAAUUACCCCAUUCCUAUUUGCUUAGCACAGUGUGGUGGUUCUAUGUCAGACUUCAGUGGAGUGAUUCUUAGCCCAGGCUUUCCUGGAAAUUAUCCUAGUAGUUUGGACUGCACAUGGACAAUCAUGUUGCCUAUCGGCUUUGGUGUGCACUUGCAGUUUGCAAAUUUCUCAACAGAGACAAUACAUGAUUAUUUGGAAGUCAGAAGUGGAUCAACAGAUACUAGUACUGUUAUUGGGAGACUCAGUGGCCCGCAGUUACCAGCUUCUCUUUUUAGUACAACCCAUGAGACUAACUUAUAUUUUCAUAGUGACUAUUCUCAGAACAAACAGGGGUUUCAUAUUGUGUACCAAGCAUAUCAAUUGCAGAGUUGUCCUGACCCACGUCCAUUUCGCAGUGGUUUUGUCAUUGGAACGGAUUUUACUGUAGGACAAACUGUUUCAUUUGAAUGUUUCCCUGGAUACACUUUAAUUGGGAACUCAGCACUUACUUGCCUUCAUGGGAUCAGUCGGAACUGGAACCAUCCUCUUCCAAGGUGUGAAGCUCUUUGUGGAGGAAAUAUAACUUCAAUGAAUGGCACCAUAUACUCUCCAGGGUAUCCUGAUGAGUAUCCCAACUUCCAGGACUGUUUUUGGCUUGUAAGAGUACCACCGGGAAAUGGAAUCUAUAUCAACUUCACUGUUCUUCAGACAGAGCCAAUAUAUGAUUUUAUAACUGUCUGGGAUGGGCCUGACCAAAGUUCUCCACAGAUUGGACAGUUUAGUGGUAACACUGCUUUGGAGUCGGUCUACAGCACUUCAAAUCAAAUACUUAUCAAGUUUCACAGUGACUUCACAACAAGUGGCUUCUUUGUGCUCAGUUAUCAUGCAUACCAACUUCGAGUGUGUCAGCCUCCACCUGCUAUACCAAAUGCUGAAAUUCUGACUGAGGACGAAGAAUUUGAAAUAGGGGACAUAAUAAGGUAUCAGUGUCUACCGGGGUUUACAUUAGUUGGUAACGAGAUUCUGACAUGUAGACUGGGAGAAAGGCUACAGAUGGAUGGAGCACCGCCUGCUUGCCAAGUACUCUGUCCCGCAAAUGAACUGCGCCUGGAUUCAACAGGAGUGAUUCUGAGCCCUGGCUUCCCAGAUAGCUACCCAAACCUCCAAAUGUGUGCAUGGACCAUUACUGUGGAAAAGGGCUAUAAUAUUAGCCUUUACUUUGAAUUCUUUCAAACGGAAAAGGAAUUUGAUAUACUUGAGGUGUAUGAUGGACCAAAUAGUCACAGUCCACUGCUAAUCUCCCUAAGCGGAGAUUAUUCUUCAUCGCUAAACGUCACCAGCAGUAACCACGAAGUUUUUCUCCGAUGGUCAGCAGAUCAUGGUACCAAUAAAAAAGGUUUCAGGAUACGAUAUAUAGCUCUGUACUGCAGCACUCCAGAGUCACCUCCUCAUGGGUUCAUUGUCAGUCAGUCAGGCGGGCAGCUCAACAGUGUGGUUCGAUGGGCCUGUGACCGAGGAUAUCGGCUGGUCGGGAAGAGUACUGCUGUUUGUAGGAAAUCUCCCCAUGGAUAUCAUGCAUGGGAUGUACCUGUCCCAGCCUGUCAAGCUGUAUCUUGUGGGAUUCCAAAAGCACCAACAAAUGGUGGGAUAUUGACAACGGACUAUUUAGUAGGCACCAGAGUUACUUAUUUUUGCAAUGAUGGGUAUAGGCUGUCGUCCAAGGAACUUACAACUGCUGCCUGCCAGCCAGAUGGUACAUGGAGCAACCACAACAAAACACCUCGUUGUGUAGUUGUCACAUGCCCAAGCAUCAAUUCAUUCACCUUGGAACAUGGGAGAUGGCGAAUAGUGAAUGGCUCUCACUAUGAAUACAAAACAAAAGUUGUUUUCAGCUGUGACCCUGGGUACCAUGGAUUGGGACCAGAAUCCAUUGAAUGCCUUGCCAACGGAACGUGGAGUUGGAGAAAUGAGAGACCAUACUGCCAGAUCAUUUCAUGUGGAGAACUUCCUCUGCCUCCAAAUGGGAAUAAAAUUGGAACACAAAUCACAUAUGGAUCUACAGCAAUCUUUACCUGUGACUUAGGAUUCAUGCUGGUAGGCUCAGCUGUAAGGGAGUGUCUCUCAUCCGGACUAUGGAGUGGAACUGAAACCAGGUGUUUAGCGGGCCAUUGUGGUAUUCCAGAUCUCAUAGUCAAUGGUCAAGUAAUUGGAGAAAAUUAUGGGUAUAGAGACACUGUUGUAUACCAGUGCAAUCCCGGCUUCCGAUUGAUUGGUUCAUCUGUCCGAAUCUGCCAGCAAGAUCACAACUGGUCUGGUCAGCUUCCAUCCUGUGUGCCUGUUAGCUGCGGUCAUCCUGGUAGUCCAAUUUAUGGACGAACGAGUGGGAAUGGCUUCAAUUUCAAUGAUGUCGUGACAUUCUCUUGCAACACUGGCUACGUCAUGCAAGGACCAACAAAAGCCCAGUGUCAAGCAAAUAGGCAAUGGAGCCAUCCACCACCAAUUUGUAAAGUGGUCAACUGUUCUGAUCCAGGAAUCCCGGCAAAUUCUAUUCGAGAAAGUAAAAUUGAGCACGGAAAUUUUACCUAUGGUACUGUUGUUUUUUAUGACUGCAAUCCUGGGUAUUUUUUAUUUGGUUCUUCGGUUUUAGUCUGCCAGCCAAAUGGUCACUGGGAUAAACCUCUGCCGGAAUGCAUUAUGAUUGAUUGUGGUCAUCCUGGCAUUCCUCCCAAUGUGAUUCUGUCUGGCGAAAAAUAUACAUUUGGUUCCACUGUUCGUUACUCCUGUACGGGAAGACGCUCACUAAUAGGACAACCAACUCGGACGUGCCAGUUAAAUGGACACUGGAGUGGAUCUAUGCCCCAUUGCUCAGGUGAUAAUGCAGGAUCUUGUGGGGAUCCAGGAAUCCCAGGUCAUGGUUCAAGAGAAGUAAGCAAUUUUAGAAUUAAAAGCACUGCACAGUUCUCUUGUGAGCUUGGUUACAUCCUUCAUGGAUCAGAGGAAAGGACAUGCCUAGCAAAUGGAAGUUGGACAGGAAGACAACCAGAAUGUAAAGCUGUGCAGUGUGGCAACCCUGGAACCACUGCCAAUGGGAAGGUUUUUCGGAUAGAUGGCGUAACGUUCGCUAGUUCUGUAAUCUAUUCCUGCAUGGAAGGCUAUAUUCUGACUGGAUCUUCUGUGAGACAGUGUACUGCCAAUGGAACAUGGUCUGGCUCCUUGCCCAAUUGCACAAUAAUCAGUUGUGGAGACCCAGGUAUCCCAGCCAAUGGACUGAGAUAUGGCAAUGAUUUUGUUGUGGAACAAAAUGUUACGUAUAUGUGCCAACCAGGGUACACAAUGGAAUCCAACAGCUCUAGUUCUCGGACUUGCACCACUAAUGGCACUUGGAGUGGAAUGCUCCCUGCAUGUAAAGCUGUUACCUGUCCAAAUCCACCCCAAAUCUCUAAUGGAAGACAGGAAGGAACCAAUUUUGACUGGGGCUUUAGCAUCAGCUAUGUCUGCUCACCUGGCUAUGAGCUGUCUUUUCCUGCUGUUUUGACCUGUGUUGGUAAUGGAACAUGGAGUGGAGAAGUACCUCAGUGUUUACCAAAGUUUUGUGGCGACCCAGGAGUACCUGCACAAGGCAAAAGGGAAGGCAAGAGCUUCAUAUACCAGUCAGAAGUCUCUUUCAACUGUAAUCUUCCGUUCGUGUUGGUUGGGUCUAGUACUCGGAUAUGUCAAGCGGAUGGUACAUGGAGUGGGUCAUCUCCCCGUUGCAUAGAACCAAGCCGCACAGCAUGUGAAAACCCUGGAGUGCCACGCCAUGGAUCACAAAAUAAUACAUUUGGUUAUCAGGUAGGAAACAUUGUACAGUUUCAAUGUAAGAAAGGAUACCUCCUUCAAGGUUCCACAACUCGCACUUGCCUUCCUGAUCUUAUGUGGAGUGGGAUUCAGCCAGAAUGUAUACCUCACAGCUGUAAACAGCCAGAAUCUCCAGCUCAUGUGAAUGUCGAAGGAAUGGAUCUUCCCUCUCUUGGCUAUACCCUGAUAUAUACCUGCCAACCAGGGUAUUUCUUAGCAGGAGGCUCAGAACACAGAGUCUGCAGAUCUGAUGGAACUUGGACAGGGAAGGUUCCUGUUUGUGAAGCUGGUUCCAAAAUAUUGGUGAAAGAUCCUAGGCCAGCUUUGGGAACACCCAGUCCCAAAUUAAAUGUUCCUGAUGAUGUGUUUGCCCAGAAUUACAUAUGGAAAGGCUCCUACAAUUACAAAGGCCGAAAACAGCCCAUGACCUUGACAGUUACAAGUUUCAAUGCCACGUCAGGAAGAGUGAAUGCGACGCUUACCAACAGCAAUAUGGAGCUGCUACUUUCAGGGGUAUAUAAAAGCCAAGAAGCCCGUUUAAUGCUCCAUAUAUAUCUCAUUAAAGCACCAUCCCAUACUUUGCUGAACAAACUGAAGGAGGAGAAAUGGGCAAUGGACGGUUUUGUUUCAGCUGAACCCGAUGGUGCUACCUAUGUUUUUCAAGGAUUUAUCCAGGGUAAAGAUUAUGGGCAAUUUGGACUUCAAAGAUUAGGACUUAACAUGUCUGAAGGUUCAAAUUCUUCAAACCAACCACAUGGUACAAACAGCAGUUCUGUGGCCAUUGCUAUUCUUGUGCCUUUCUUUGCCCUUAUAUUAGCAGGAUUUGGGUUUUACCUUUAUAAACAAAGAACUGCCCCUAAAACGCAGUACACGGGAUGUUCUGUACAUGAAAAUAACAAUGGGCAAGCUGCUUUUGAAAACCCCAUGUAUGACACCAACGCAAAGUCUGUCGAAGGGAAGGCUGUACGGUUCGAUCCCAACUUGAACACAGUCUGCACAAUGGUAUAACGUGGUGACGGCUCGACUUCGGUGAUCUGAAAAUUGAAACCACACAGUGCGCGCCAAGUUCACUGGUUUUAAACAAAAGUUAUAUAUUAAAGCACACUUUUCAGGAUUCCCUGGGUCACCUGCUCCCGAGGAUGAGAGAGACAAGAGUGGAUUUCUUUUCUUUUUCAUAAACUGGAAAAAAAAUUGCUUCAUGGCUACUGUGGAGUAUUUUACAGAAAGAAAAAAUCUGCUGCACUCUAUGAGUGCUUACUCACAGUUUAUUUGCUUUUUUAAAAAAAGGAGAUUAUUCUAAAAAAAGAAAAAUUAAAUAAAUAAAAAUAAAACAUAUUUGCAUAUAUUGGAGGAGCAUCCACUAUCAGUACUUUUGUGGUUUAUAAGCUGUGCUAGAGGGACUGGGCUUAGAAGAACGGAACAAAAGAUAUACGGUAGAAAUUAAGAAUUCUAUUUACAGGAGACAGUGUCAUUGACUUCUCUGUUAACUGCCACACACUGCAUCGUUUCCUCAGCAGUUAGAAUUUGGUCCUGUUAUCUAAAAUAUACCUUUUUUAAAGGACUUUAUUCGCCACACCCCUGAUUGUACCUAUGAAUUUCUAAGAUUAUGCCACGGCCAUUAAUAGGUGUAAGCUUUCGAGUACAACCUAUUAUUUCUGUGCCGCAGUGGAAUAAUUAAGUAUCAGCUUCUUGGGGUCUUUUAUUUCACAAGUUUAAUUCCGUACUCAUUUUUGUUUCUGCCUUCAUUGUUUUCUUUAGACUAACCACUUCUGCAUUUGGCUACGUGGGUAGCUCCAUUAUUCCCCCACUUCUUUCCAUUCCUUGUUACUAUUACUGACUGCUGCCAAUCUGAAAACCGUUGAAAAACAGGUGGGACACGCCCUGUUUAUUAGUCAUUCCAGUUUUGUAAUUAUGUAGCAGUCUACUAGGAAAGUAUCCUUUUCAUACUUCCUCCUUUCUCCCUGGCUCACUACCCAGUUCAUGAAAGAAGGAAAAGCCCACUUUAAAGAAACACUAGAAUCUGAAUUUCAGAUUUUGCAUUCCCAUUCCUUUGGUCAGCCUCUGCUUUCAUGCAGUCCCCAUGGUACAAAUGCCAGGAAAACUGCAAUCAGUAACAGGCAAAUCACAAAUGUCUUGCAGGAACCCAUGCUCAGAUUUGUGUAGAGAGCUUUCCUACCUACCAGGUCUCUCUUAGUUUGUUGCAAUGUAGGGAGUAAUCAGAGGUACAGCUGUGUCCCGUCCCCCCACCCAGCUGAAGUGAAAAGACAAAUUUACAGGAAUUCCAUGUGGAUUACAGUUUCCUUGGGCACAGAUUUAGAGCAGUAAUCUAUAGGGUUUUUUUAAAAAGUGUAUUAGCAAACUUAAGAGGAUGCUCUGAAGAUCUGGGACAGAUAGGAUGACAAGGUGUUUAAACCUUUCCUCUCCUGACUCUUCCUCCGUUUGAAACAGGGCUCAAAAGCUGCAGUUGUUUUGCAUGGUAGAAAACAUAGGUUCAGGCAUUUGUACCUGGAUUUUCUACUGCGUAGCUAUGGCCCUAUCUGCACAAAUCCCCUUCAACAUUUCUAAAACAUUUUCAAUCCCCCCCCCCCUUUAUAACAAUAUAUGUCUGCACUUGCCCCCUCAAUAUGAUUCCUGGCCACCAUUAUGUGAUGUUUUCCCCCCUUUUUAAAAAUGAGUUCUGUGUUCAAUGCUUCACAGCCUUGGUGCUGUAUUGUAUACUCUUCAUAUACUUGAUGCUUCAAAGAUUCCCCCCCCCAAAAAAAAAUAAAAAAUAAAAGAACAAA